AUGGCGACGAAAGAUUUGACGACGAUUCAGACGGAGGAGCUGCGAGAGCGCAGAGACAGUGAUGGUGAGUGGCGGGGGUUACUGGACGUCAGGUGGUUAUUUCCAUUUCAGCCUCCGACAUUUCCCUCGAAUAUCAACUGGAACCACUCGGACGUCGUCGAAACAGUCUUAUCGAGCAAAUCCGCGAAUUCCUCAGCCGAUCCGUUGAUUUCACCUUGAAAAUCGAUGAUCCAUUCGAAAAAGAGAUGUACUGA